AUGGACUUGACAGGAGCUAUUAAGCAUAUUAAAGUUAAAGCUAAGCAAGUCAAUAACUUGCCUAGUGGGCUACGCAUUUUAGUUGAUUUUAAUGAGCAAGACUCAGCAUAUGGUGAUGCACAAGGUCUACUUGCUGGAUUUUUGGGAAUAUUGGCAUGUAAUUGCAAUUUGUUUCCAAUUGAUUUUGAAAGAUGGACGGGGAAAGUAGGCAUACCUGAAGAUUAUUUUAAUGACUGUUUUGCAACAAUUAUAAAGGUUCGUUUUUCUUUUAAGACCACUAAAGCCCUUGCAAAGAGAUAUUGCAAAAUUAGUAUGGGGAAGAAGUGGUCGGCGCAUAAGCAGCGUUUGUGGAGUGAAUUUAAUAUUCCAACCAAAACCAUAGAUGAAAUCAUUAGAAAUGUUCCGAAUGGUAUAGACAAAGAUCAGUGGGUUCGCUUUGUCCAAUAUCGUAUGAAACCAUCUACACAGGAACGUUGUAGAAAAAAUAAAGAAAACCGAAGCAAGCAAGUGAUUCCACACACCGGUGGUUCUAAAGCUAACUCAAGAAGAAGACAUGAGAUAUUCUUAGAAACUGGGAAGCUACCAAGUCGUGCACAAAUGUAUAUUCUAACUCAUACGAAAAAAGGAUGGAUCCUUUGUCAAUGAUGCAGCGAAGGGUGUAGUGGUAAGUUUAGCUUGACUCUGCUGAGUCAUCUGAUGUUAAUUAAUUACUCAUAUUCUUUGACUUUGACUGUGUGAAUAUUGGAAUUA